GUUGCCUUGGUGCAGACGGUAACAACAACAACAAGAACGCGCGGUCCUCUGCGGUUACCAGCGGGAAGACAGCAUUACACCAGGGACACCACAGGAGUCAGGAGCAAGGAGCUUCUUACUGGCGGCUCACUACCGCAGCUCCACCAUCCAUUGGCUCGAUAGAAAGGACGUCUACUGUGCACCGGUGUAGAAGAGCGCUUGCGGCACGUCCCACCGGUCUGCCCUGACCUGGCCUGACCUGAAGACUUGGUUGACGCAUUAUGCGACACCGGCUGCUGGCAGCGGAACAGGACGAUGAUUAAUAUUGUGCCGGCAUCAGCGACCAUGACCGUCGUCGGCCGCCGCAUACUAAUCACUUUCGGAGUGAAUCGAGAGCGAACGUAAGACCGAGAGAGAGAGAGCAGAGAGAGAGAGAGCGCAGCAGGCGGAAUUGAACGAGGGUGUCAUUCCCCAAAAAGUUUGAUCUCAACUUUCGAAAGACCGAAGGGCAGAAGGAUAUUCGACCAGCGCGAGGAACGUGGAAGGAGAGUGGACAAAUUAAUUAACGACUUUCGGACCCCCAGUACCCGCCAACCAUGCCAGCCACGACGGUGAAGAGUGAGGCCACGGAUCAGCACAAUGACUGUGAUAACGAGGAGGCAGAACCGAAGGAUAUGAAAAAUGCGCAUCUAAUUAUCGGCGAGCUACGGAAUCGGUGCCGCAACCAAUCGGAGCAGAUCAUGGCCUGGAAGAAGGCUUACUCCCUGCAGCAAGAGCAAAACCAUCGAUUGCAGAAGGAGAAAGCGGAGCAGCUAAACUAUCUCACCAGCCAGCUGCUCCUGCUGGAGUCCCGUAUCAUGCGCAAGCAGAAGCAAGUCUCGAACGUGAUCUACCAGCGUGAGCUAACGAUCUACCGGCAGCAGAAGAUCAUCGAGGCGCUCUCUAGUCGGCUGAUCGACCAUGGGAUCAUGGACGUGGGCAUGGAGCCACCGAUGCACUGUGGCAGCAACAGCAAUGACUUUGAUUCGCUCAACGAUUCCGACUCGGCGGUCGUGCUGGAGGACGUCGAUUCGGACUGCAACAGUUCGAUCUACUUCGGGGGUAGCAUCAGCGGCAGCCUAAAGUCACGCGGUGGUUCAAACAAGAUGUCGAAUGACGUCACGAUCGUACGGUCGAUCUCGGAUGCGAUCGAGACGAACCUAAAGUACAACAACACACGCCGCUCGAACUGUUUCCUGAGGCGACCCGAAAUCCUCGAAACCGUGUACAGCGUCGAAGAGGAUCCCGAACCACAGAACAAUAGCGCUCAGACUUCACAGACGGCCACCGGCACUCCAACGCAGUCCGGCGCAACGGCGGCCAUGGGACAGAGUGGCAGUGGGACGGCAAGUGGCUCUACGACUGGACCGACCUCACCCAAACCGGAAGGUGUCAGUGAGAAGCGAGACAAGUUUAGGAAUCGUACGGAAAAGUGCAUAUCCACCGAUCAACCACAAGAGGGCACGACCGCACCGGUCAUCAUCACGAGCAGUAGCUGCGAUGUAGACUCCGAUAGCUGUGACGUAACGGUUGCGCCACCGAUGCAGCAUCCAGACCGCUGCAAGACGCAAGGAGCGGUAACGAACUUUAAUCGCGUCAUGUCGAACCACCGAUCGGUGACAAAGCCCAAGGACGUGAAGUACAAGCGCAUCAAUAAGGCCAAAUCGAAAAGUUUGGAGGAGUUGCGGGGUCGGUUAAAGCACUGGGUCGAACGGGGUACCUGUAACAUCAACCUGAGCCACGAUCCUACCAAUGGAGCGGGUGGCGUCGUAGUAGGACAUCUGGCCGAGCAUUGUGGGGCCGGGGCGCAGCUACAGCAGACGCAACCACAGCCACAAGCUGGUCUGGCGCAGAGCUACGCGUGACCUGAAUCGAAGGCCCGCGUCCGGGGCAGCAUUUAAUAGGAGCGCGAGGAACCGGCCACCCAGCGUAGUGGCGGUGGUGGUCCGGAAGCCUCGCGUCGGAACUUGGAACUCACUAGCACUACUUCUACUACAAUUCCUGUUUCGCGUCGUCUCCAUGCGGUUCGCCUUUGCACGUCUGCUGCCCUAGCCGUCGGUCUGGUAGCUCUCUGGAUCGGCUUCUUUUUCUACUCCAUUUUGCGCAUCCUAAUGCCGGCGUUCAGUGGACGGCAACGGUCAACUUAGGUAGUAAAAGGCAGGCUAGCAGCCAAGGGCCUGAGGACAAGGCGACAAAUCUUGUGUACAUGAGUCUGAUCUGAACACCCCUUACACCUAUUUUAGUGAAAACUCUAUUUAUUUGUGCUGCUGCCUGUGUGCGUUUAGUGAUUAAGCAAAAAACGUAUAAAGUAAAGUAUCGCCUCAAAAGAAGCACUCAUAGGACAAGCGGGUGAUGCGAUGGGACGUGAAAUGCAAAUUCCAAAAUGUUCUGACUGAGUCAGGUUACCUAAGCAAGCGCGUGAACGUCUGCCCCGUGGAACCAGAUUUUAAAUAUUGGCAGACAAGUUCCCUAGUAGGCAGUGGCCGAAUCGGAGCAAACGAGCAAAGGAUCGUUUUUCGAGAUUGAGACGUUGGAUUGAGAAGAGCGGAACCAUCGUUAUCAUUAGUGAUAGUGAAGGAAGCGUGUAAGGCGUUUAGGUGGCGUAGUAAGAAGAUGACCACACGAUUGUCCUGGGCUGGCCUGGCCUGAGUGUAUUUGUGAAUGCUUUUGUAAAAAACGAAUCCAACUCCAAAAUCCUCCCAAAACCAUCAUUGAGCACGAUAGAUAGUGGCGCACUGAAUGCGCUUGGAAUUGAUUUAAGAACUCAUGCCCACGCACCUGAGCCUGGGCUGUGGCGACGUUAGUGUAUGUGUGUGAUCUAUCCUUCCAAAGUAAAACAGCUAUAAUGACCGCGGAUAAUUGGUUGAUAAUCGAGAGGCCGAGAAUGUUCCUUUAGUUAAGAGAAGCAGAGCCCCGGGAGCAGACAGCGUGAAGUGUCUUCGUGGGAGUUUGGGGGGGGGAGAUGAGGUAGUAGACAUUUUACUCCCCGAAUUGAUCGACGGAAAAACGGGGGCCCGUUUGAAAGUAAAUUACGAAUAAAGUUUCAUCAUCAAAACAGAACUACCACUCGGUGUGGUGAUCCCUUGAAUCUCGAUCUCUCCACCGUCGGACACUCUGGUUCGGUUUACGGUUUCGCGGAUGCACGCGACAAUCAUCUACUUACUGCAGCACUGGCAGUUACAAAAACGAAAAAAAAAACACCUCACCACGCAUCUGAGCUUACAAGCACGUCCCUAAAGGAACUGAUAAACUCCACCUUUUUCUAACGCAUUUACUCCCGUUACCAAAUACCAUGGAAAGCCACCUUUCCUGCUAGCCUAUCAGCCUAUAUCGUUCAUUCGUCUAUUUCCGCUCUCCUUAGCACGUAAGGCAUGUACAUAACAGCAAUCGAAACGCCGCCCACUGUGACUAUGCGGGCAGUUUCGGUUGCCAAAGAAACAAAUCAAAGUCCGCGAUCCUCAGCAGCGAGGAAAAGAUUAUGAAACAUUAACUGUAAGUGCUAAGCGGGGAAGCAGCCGAACCGGUAUCCUUAAUCGGGACGAAAUCGGACGGUACAGGACCUCACGAGUCCUCGCGACCCGGCUCGUUCUUACCGCUUGAAAGGGGAUAGGGGAUGGCGCUCUCUUCCACGGCACCUAGGCAAUAAGGAUGAGUUGAAAGAUGCAUAACGAUAGGGCGUGUUGUUUUGUGAAGAGAGAAAAAUGUAAACCUUAAGCUAAUGGACCCACAAAUCACCCACGAGGUGAGCUGGCAUCUUCUGUGGAGAGACCAGGAGGAUG